UCUCAGCCACCAAGAAAGAUCGUGUGAAUCAUUGUCUGACAAUAUGUGAAAACAUAGUGGCACAGUCUCUCAGAAAUUCUCCAGAAUUUCAGAAACUCCUGGGCAUUGCCAUGGAACUUUUCCUGUUGUGCAGUGAUGAUGCGGAGUCGGAUGUCAGGAUGGUGGCUGACGAAUGCCUCAACAAAGUUAUCAAAGCUUUGAUGGAUUCCAACCUUCCAAGGCUCCAGUUAGAACUUUACAAGGAAAUUAAGAAGAAUGGCGCCCCUCGGAGCUUGCGGGCCGCCCUGUGGAGGUUUGCUGAACUGGCUCACCUGGUUCGGCCUCAGAAGUGCAGGCCUUACCUGGUGAAUCUUCUGCCAUGCUUGACUCGAACGUGCAAGAGACCUGAGGAAUCCGUCCAGGAGACCUUGGCUGCAGCUAUUCCCAAAAUUAUGGCUUCUUUCGGCAAUUUUGCAAAUGACAAUGAAAUUAAGGUUCUAUUGAAGGCGUUCAUAGCGAAUCUGAAGUCAAGCUCCCCUACAGUCCGGCGGACGGCAGCUGGCUCGGCGGUGAGCAUCUGCCAGCACUCCAGGAGGACGCAGUACUUCUACAGCUGGCUGCUCAACGUGCUCCUGGGUCUGCUGGUUCCAGUGGAGGAAGAACACCCCACACUCCUGAUCCUUGGGGUGCUGCUCACACUGAGGUAUCUGGUGCCCUUGCUGCAGCAGCAGGUCAAGGACAUGAGCCUGAAAGGCAGCUUUGGGGUGACCCGAAAAGAGAUGGAAAUCUCUCCGACUGCAGAGCAGCUGGUCCAGGUUUAUGAGCUGACUUUGCAUCACAUGAAGCACCAAGACCACAAUGUGGUGACAGGCGCCCUGGAGCUCUUGCAGCAGCUCUUCCGCACACCCCCACCUGAGCUGCUGCAGGUGCUGACCACUCCUGGGGGCCUGGCUCAGCUCUCUGCUGCUCAGGAGGAGGUCCGGGGCCGGGGCCGCAGUGGGAGCAUCGUGGAGCUUCUAGGGAAAGUGCUCGUAGGAGAAGAAGAAGCCUUGGAGGAUGACUCCGAAUCGAAGUCAGACGUCAGUAGCUCCGCCUUUGCAGCCUCUGUAAAGGGUGAAAUCAGUGGAGAGCUGGCAGCCUCCUCGGGGGUCUCUACGCCAGGGCCUGUGGGUCACGAUAUCAUCACUGAGCAGCCCCGUUCACAGCACACGCUGCAGGCAGACUCUGUGGAUCUGUCCAGCUGUGACUUGACCAGCACUGCCACCGAUGCAGAUGAAGAGGAUAUCUUGAGCCACAGUUCCAGCCAAAUCAGUGCUGUCCCCUCUGACCCUGCCUUGGACCUGAACGAUGGGACUCAGGCCUCUUCACCCAUCAGUGACAGCUCCCAGACCACCACUGAAGGGCCUGACUCGGCUGUGACCCCUUCUGACAGCUCUGAGAUCGAGCUUGAUGACCAGUGUCUUAAUGUUUUAGACAGUGCCAACAGCCAGUACUCAGGCACGCAGGCUGGCCCCCCACAGGAUGAGGACGAGGCUGUGCCUGGCGGCCUUCCUGCUGGGGCCUCAGAUGCCUUCAGAAGCUGUUCCCUGGCCCUUCAACGAGCACAUUUAUUGGAGAGCAUGGGUCACAGCAGGCAGCCUUCUGAGAGCAGUAUAGAUAAGUUUGUAUCAAGAGACUCAGCUGCUGAACCGGUCGAUCAGGAGAACAAGCCUUGCCGGAUCAGAGGUGACAUAGGACAGUCUACUGAUAAUGACUCUGCUCCUCUGGUCCAUUGUGUCCGCCUUUUAUCUGCUUCAUUUUUGCUCAGUGGAGGAAAAAAUGUGCUGGUUCCGGACAGAGAUGUGAGGGUCAGUGUGAAGGCCCUGGCCCUUAGCUGUGUUGGGGCAGCUGUGGCCCUGCAUCCAGAAUCUUUCUUCAGCAAACUAUACAAAGUACCUCUGGACAUUGUGGAAUACCCUGAAGAGCAGUAUGUCUCUGAUGUCUUGAACUACAUCGAUCAUGGAGACCCGCAGGUCCGAGGAGCCACUGCCAUUCUCUGUGGAACCCUCAUCUCCUCUGUCCUCAGUAGGUCCCGCUUCCACGUGGGGGACUGGCUGGGCACCAUUAAGACACUGACAGGAAAUACAUUUUCUCUAGUGGACUGCAUUCCUUUACUGCGGAGAACAUUGAAGGAUGAGUCUUCUGUGACUUGCAGGUUGGCUUGUACAGCUGUGAGGCACUGUGUCAUGAGUCUCUGCAGCAGCAGCUACAGUGAUUUGGGUCUGCAGCUGCUGGUGGACCUGCUGGCCCUGAGGGAUAGCUCCUACUGGCUAGUGAGGACGGAGCUCCUGGAGACCCUGGCAGAAAUGGACUUCAGGCUGGUGAGCUUUUUGGAGGCCAAAGCAGAGGGCUUACACAGAGGUGCUCAUCAUUAUACAGGACUUUUAAAACUGCAAGAGCGGGUACUCAGUAAUGUUGUCAUCUCUUUGCUUGGGGAUGAAGACCCCAGGGUGCGACACGUUGCCGCGGCGUCAUUAGUGAGGCUUGUCCCAAAGCUGUUUUAUAAAUGUGACCAAGGACAGGCUGAUCCAGUGGUGGCUGUGGCAAGAGACCAAAGCAGUGUUCACUUGAAGCUCCUCAUGCACGAAACACAGCCUCCCUCGCACUUCUCCGUCAGCACCAUCACGAGGAUCUAUAGAGGCUAUAGUUUACUCCCAAGCAUAGCAGAUGUCACCAUGGAAAAUAACCUCUCGAGAGUUGUUGCUGCUGUUUCUCACGAGCUGAUCACGGCCACCACGCGUGCACUCACGUUUGGAUGCUGCGAAGCUUUGUGUCUUCUUUCAGCCACCUUUCCAGUUUGUGUGUGGAGCUUAGGUUGGCAUUGUGGAGCACCCCCGCUGAGCACCUCUGAUGAGUCCAGGAAGUGUUGCACCGUUGGAAUGGCCACCGUGAUUCUUACCCUGCUCUCCUCGGCUUGGUUCCCGAUGGACAUCUCUGCCCAUCAGGAUGCCUUGAUCUUGGCAGGAAACUUGCUUGCAGCUAGUGCCCCCAAGUCUCUGAGGAGUUCAUGGGCCUCUGAAGAAGAAGCCAACCCCACUGCCACCAGACAGGAGGAGGUGUGGCCUGCCUUGGGGGACCGGACCCUGGUACCCAUGGUGGAGCAGCUCUUCUCCCACCUGCUGAAGGUGAUCAACAUCUGUGCCCAUGUCCUGGACGACGUGGCUCCUGGGCCAGCAAUCAAGGCAGCCUUGCCUUCUCUGACAAAUCCUCCUUCCCUGAGUCCCAUCCGCCGCAAGGGCAAGGAGAAGGAACCAGGAGAGCAAGCCUCUGCGCCAUUGAGCCCCAAGAAGGGCAGUGAGGCGAGUGCAGUCUCCCGACAAUCUGAUACCUCAGGGCCAGUUAUAGCCAGUAAAUCCUCAUCACUGGGGAGUUUCUAUCAUCUUCCUUCAUACCUCAAGUUGCAUGACGUCCUGAAGGCUACUCACGCCAACUACAAGGUCACCUUGGAUCUUCAGAACAGCACUGAAAAGUUUGGGGGGUUCCUGCGCUCUGCUUUGGAUGUUCUCUCCCAGAUUCUAGAGCUGGCAACGCUGCAGGACAUUGGGAAGUGUGUUGAAGAGAUCCUGGGGUACCUGAAAUCCUGCUUUAGUCGGGAACCAAUGAUGGCUACUAUUUGUGUCCAGCAGCUAUUGAAGACUCUCUUUGGGACAAACCUGGCUUCCCAGUUUGAUGGCUUGUCUUCCAACCCCAGCAAGUGUCAAGGCCGAGCGCAGCGCCUUGGCUCUUCCAGUGUGAGGCCGGGCCUGUACCACUACUGCUUCAUGGCCCCGUACACCCACUUCACACAGGCCCUUGCAGAUGCCAGCCUGAGGAACAUGGUGCAGGCAGAGCAAGAGCACGACACCUCGGGGUGGUUUGAUGUGCUCCAGAAAGUGUCCACUCAGCUCAAGACAAACCUCACGAGUGUCACGAAGAACCGUGCAGACAAGAAUGCUAUUCACAACCACAUUCGUUUAUUUGAGCCUCUUGUCAUAAAAGCUUUGAAACAGUACACGACAACGACCUCGGUGCAGUUGCAGAAGCAGGUUUUGGAUUUACUGGCUCAGCUGGUUCAGUUACGGGUGAAUUACUGCCUUCUGGACUCGGAUCAGGUGUUCAUUGGAUUUGUUCUGAAGCAGUUUGAAUACAUUGAAGUGGGACAGUUCAGAGAAUCGGAGGCGAUUAUUCCAAACAUCUUUUUCUUCUUAGUAUUGCUGUCUUAUGAACGAUACCAUUCAAAGCAGAUCAUUGGAAUUCCUAAAAUCAUCCAGCUGUGUGAUGGCAUCAUGGCCAGCGGGAGGAAGGCCGUGACACACGCAAUCCCAGCUCUGCAGCCCAUAGUCCAUGACCUUUUUGUGUUAAGAGGAACAAAUAAAGCUGAUGCAGGGAAAGAACUUGAAACUCAGAAGGAGGUGGUGGUGUCCAUGUUGCUGAGACUCAUCCAGUACCAUCAGGUGCUGGAGAUGUUCAUCCUCGUCCUGCAGCAGUGCCACAAGGAGAACGAGGACAAGUGGAAACGGCUUUCUCGGCAGGUCGCCGACAUCAUCUUGCCCAUGCUUGCCAAGCAGCAGAUGCAUAUCGACUCGCACGAAGCCCUCGGAGUGCUAAACACAUUGUUUGAGAUUCUGGCCCCUUCCUCCCUCCGUCCAGUGGACAUGCUUUUGCGCAGUAUGUUCGUCACUCCCAGCACAAUGGCAUCAGUAAGCACUGUUCAGCUGUGGAUAUCUGGGAUCCUAGCCAUUCUGAGGGUUCUGAUUUCCCAGUCAACUGAAGAUAUUGUUCUUUCUCGCAUUCAGGAGCUAUCCUUCUCUCCAUAUUUAAUAUCCUGUUCAGUAAUUAACAGGUUGAGAGAUGGGGACAGUAAUCCAUCAUCAGAAGAACACAGUGAAGGGAAACAAUUGAAAAAUUCACCAGAAGAAACAUUUUCAAGGUUUCUGUUACAGCUGGUCGGGAUCCUUUUAGAGGACAUUGUUACAAAGCAGCUGAAGGUGGAAAUGAGCGAACAGCAGCAUACUUUCUAUUGUCAAGAGCUGGGCACGCUGCUCAUGUGCCUCAUCCACAUCUUCAAGUCGGGGAUGUUCCGGAGAAUCACCGCGGCUGCCACCAGGCUCUUCACCAGUGAUGGCUGUGAGGGCAGCUUCUACACCCUGGAGAACCUGAACGCACACGUGCGGUCCAUGGUGCCUACACACCCGGCCCUGGUGCUGCUGUGGUGCCAGAUCCUACUGCUCGUCAACCAUACCGACCACCGCUGGUGGGCAGAAGUGCAGCAGACACCCAAGAGACACAGUCUGUCGUGCACGAAGUCACUCAGCCCCCAGGUGUCCAGCGAGGAGGAGGACUCUGAUUCAACAGCUCAGCUGGGAAUGUGCAAUAGAGAAAUCGUGCGAAGAGGGGCCCUCAUUCUCUUCUGUGAUUAUGUUUGUCAGAACCUCCACGACUCCGAGCACCUGACAUGGCUCAUUGUCAACCACAUUCAGGACCUGAUCAGUCUUUGCCACGAGCCUCCAGUGCAGGACUUCAUCAGUGCCGUCCAUAGGAAUUCCGCUGCCAGUGGCCUUUUCAUUCAAGCAAUUCAGUCUCGUUGUGAAAACCUUUCCACUCCGACCACUCUGAAGAAGACGCUGCAGUGCUUGGAAGGCAUCCACCUCAGCCAGUCGGGCGCCGUGCUCACGCUCUAUGUGGACAGGCUCCUGGGCACCCCGUUCCGAGCACUGGCUCGCAGGGUCGACACCCUGGCCUGUCGCCGGGUAGAAAUGCUGCUGGCUGCAAACUUACAGAGCAGCACAGCCCAGUUGCCAGUGGAAGAACUGAACAGAAUCCAGGAGCACCUUCAGAGCAGUGGGCUCGCGCAGAGACACCAAAGGCUCUAUUCCCUGCUGGACAGGUUCCGUCUUUCCACUGUGCAAGACUCGCCCAGCCCCUUGCCCCUGGUCACCUCCCACCCGAUGGACGGGGAUGGGCACAUGUCCCUGGAGACAGUGAGCCCAGACAAAGACUGGUACAUCCGCCUUGUCAGAUCCCAGUGUUGGACCAGGUCAGAUUCUGCACUACUGGAAGGGGCAGAACUGGUGAAUCGCCUCCCCGCCGAGGACAUGCGUGUCUUCAUGAUGAGCUCGGAGUUCAACCUAAGCCUGUUGGCCCCGUGCUUGAGCCUCAGCCUGAGUGAAGUUGCAGCUGGCCAGAAGAGCCCCCUUUUUGAAGCGGCCCGUGGGGUGACUCUGGACCGUAUGACCAAUAUCGUUGAGCAGCUUCCUGCUGUCCAUCAAGUCUUCCAACCCUUCCUGUCCACAGAGCCCACAGCCUACUGGAGCAAGCUGAAUGAUCUAUUUGGGGAUGUCACACUGUACCAGUCCCUCACCACGCUGGCCCGCGCCCUGGCACAGUACCUGGUGGUGGUGUCCAAAGUGCCUGCCCAUUUGCACCUUCCUCCUGAGAAAGAGAAAGACACAGUGAAGUUUGUGGUGAUGACCCUGGAGGCCCUGUCAUGGCAUUUGAUCCAUGAGCAUAUCCCUCUAAGUCUGGAUCUCCAAGCUGGGCUGGACUGUUGCUGCCUGGCCCUGCAGCAGCCCGGUCUCUGGAGCGUGGUCUCCUCUGCUGAGUUUGUGACCCACGCCUGCUCCCUUAUCCACUGUGUGCGGUUCAUCCUGGAAGCUGUUGCAGUGCAUCCUGGAGACCAGCUUCUUAGUCCAGAAAGUCGGAUGAGCACUCUGAGGGCCACCCAAGAGGAGGAAGUAGAUGUAGACACACAAAAUCCCAAGUACAUUACCACCGCCUGUGAGAUGGUGGCAGAGAUGGUGGAGUCCCUGCAGUCGGUACUGGCCUUGGGCCACAAGAGGAACAGCAGCGUGCCCACAUUUCUCACAGCGGUGCUCAAGAACAUUGUGAUCAGCCUGGCCCGUCUACCCCUUGUCAACAGCUACACGCGAGUGCCACCCCUGGUGUGGAAACUCGGGUGGUCCCCCAAGCCAGGAGGGGACUUCGGCACUGUGUUCCCUGAGAUUCCCGUGGAGUUCCUGCAGGAAAAGGAAGUCUUCAAGGAGUUCAUCUACCGCAUCAACACUCUAGGGUGGACCAGUCGUACCCAGUUUGAGGAAACUUGGGCCACCCUACUUGGUGUCCUGGUGACCCAGCCUCUUGUGAUGGAGCAGGAAGAGAGCCCACCUGAGGAAGACACAGAGAGGACCCAGAUCCAUGUGCUAGCUGUGCAGGCCAUCACCUCCCUGGUGCUCAGUGCUAUGACUGUGCCUGUUGCUGGCAACCCAGCAGUGAGCUGUCUGGAGCAGCAGCCCCGGAACAAGCCCCUCAAAGCUCUGGAUACCAGGUUUGGGAGGAAAUUGAGCAUGAUCAGAGGGAUUGUAGAGCAGGAGAUUCAGGCGAUGGUUUCCAAGAGGGAGAAUAUUGCCACCCAUCACUCAUACCAGGCGUGGGAUCCCGUCCCUUCUCUGUCGCCCGCCACUACAGGUGCACUCAUCAGUCAUGACAGGCUGUUGCUGCAGAUCAACCCCGAGCGGGAACUGGGCAACAUGAGCUACCAGCUGGGCCAGGUGUCCAUUCACUCCAUGUGGCUGGGGAACAACAUCACGCCCCUGAGAGAGGAGGAGUGGGAUGAGGAAGAGGAGGAGGAGGCUGACGUCCCUGCACCUGCAUCCCCACCCGUGUCUCCAGUCAACUCCAGGAAACACCGGGCUGGAGUCGACAUCCACUCCUGUUCACAGUUUCUGCUUGAGUUGUACAGCCGCUGGGUCCUGCCCUCCAGCUCGGCCAGAAGGACCCCGGUCAUCCUGAUCAGUGAAGUGGUUCGCUCUCUUCUCGUCGUCUCAGAUUUGUUCACCGAACGAAACCAAUUUGAGAUGAUGUAUUCAACGCUGAUGGAACUGCGGCGGGUGCACCCUUCGGAAGACGAAAUUCUUGUCCAGUACCUGGUGCCAGCCACCUGUAAGGCGGCUGCUGUCCUUGGAAUGGACAAGGCCGUGGCAGAGCCGGUGAGCCGUCUGCUGGAGAGCACCCUCAGGAGCAGCCACCUGCCCAGCCAGAUCGGAGCCCUGCAUGGCAUCCUGUACGUGCUGGAGUGUGACCUGCUGGACGAUACUGCGAAGCAGCUCAUCCCGGUCAUCAGUGACUACCUCUUGUCCAGCCUCAAGGGGGCGGCCCACUGCGUGAAUGUGCACAGCCAGCAGCACGUGCUGGUGAUGUGUGCCACCGCUUUCUAUCUCAUCGAGAACUACCCCCUGGACGUGGGCCCUGAGUUUUCAGCAUCAAUCAUACAGAUGUGUGGGGUGAUGCUGUCUGGCAGUGAGGAGUCCACUCCCUCUGUCAUCUACCACUGCGCGCUCCGAGGCCUGGAGCGCCUCCUGCUCUCUGAGCAGCUCUCCCGGCUGGACACAGAGUCCCUCGUCAAGCUGAGUGUGGACAGAGUGAACGUGCACAGCCCGCACCGGGCCAUGGCCGCCCUGGGUCUGAUGCUCACCUGCAUGUACACAGGAAAGGAGAAAGCCAGUCCAGGCAGAGCUUCAGACCCUAACCCUGCAGCCCCAGACAGCGAGUCCGUGAUUGUUGCCAUGGAGCGGGUGUCUGUUCUCUUCGAUCGGAUCAGGAAGGGCUUCCCCUGUGAGGCCCGGGUGGUGGCGAGGAUCCUGCCACAGUUCCUGGAUGACUUCUUCCCACCCCAAGACGUGAUGAACAAGGUCAUUGGAGAGUUCCUGUCCAACCAGCAGCCGUACCCACAGUUCAUGGCCACCGUCGUGUACAAGGUGUUCCAGACUCUGCACAGCGCGGGACAGUCGUCCAUGGUCCGGGACUGGGUCAUGCUGUCCCUGUCCAACUUCACGCAGAGGACCCCAGUUGCCAUGGCCAUGUGGAGCCUCUCCUGCUUCUUUGUCAGCGCGUCCACCAGCCCCUGGGUGUCAGCCAUCCUUCCACAUGUCAUCAGCCGGAUGGGCAAGCUGGAGCAGGUGGACGUGAACCUUUUCUGCCUGGUCGCCACAGACUUCUACAGACACCAGAUAGAGGAGGAGCUCGAUCGCAGGGCCUUCCAGUCUGUGUUUGAGGUGGUCGCGGCACCUGGAAGCCCUUACCACCAGCUGCUAACUUGUUUGAGAAACAUCCACAAGGUCACUACUUGCUGAGUGUCCAUAGCAGGCUUGGAGGAAGUGGCCACUGGGGCCAGAACCUUUGGGAGCCUGAGUGAGCCCUGUCUCUGCCAGGGCUGCCUGGGUUACUGUGGGCUUCCAUUUGUGUCGCGUGAGGUGGCCAGGUGUGUGUCCAUCUCUGCCCAAUGACAGAAGUGCUUUUUGCAGCAAGGGCUGUGCAGGGAGCACACAGCAGAUUGGGGUUAAGCCUGAGUCCUGUGCUGGCAGCCAUGCAGUUGACAGGUGUCCCUCCUGGGAUUUACCUGUCCAUGUAGCGGGGUUGCAGGGGCCCUGUGUCCAGCGCAGGAGCCCUUGCUCUUGCAGGUGGUCCUGGCCUCCCUGUUGCAGGCAGGCAUCCUGCCAAUGGGCUGCAGAGCUCUUCUUGCGUCUCCCCAGUGGAGUACGCGCCUGCCACAUCCGUGUCUGGCUGUGUUGUAUGGCGAGUCAGGCCAGGAGGCCCUAGAUGCCCGCACCAGUCUCCCUUUCUGUUUUCUUCUCAGGACGUAAAGUUUAAUUAUAUCAGUAAAGAAAUUAAUUUUAAUGUAACGCUUCCCAUGCCCGCGUACAGUGUGUGACUCGCUAGGCCUGUGCUGCAUGCGACAGUGUCCGUGGACAUGGACAGGUCCUCUGGCAGCCACUCCCCUCCUGCGGCCCCUGCACUGCGCACAUCUCCCUUUCCCUUGUGCUCCUGUGAAGGUAGGGUAGAGAGGUGUUGGUGUCCAGCCUGGCUCUGAGGACAGAGGGGCUUCUCUCCACCGUGUGCUCAUGGUCACUCACAGAGGCCUGGCGAGCUCCUCGCCCCUUCCCAGCCGGGACUGUAGUCUGUGCAGCAGCCGACUGCCCAGCGUUAGGUGCACUAUCCUCUUACCAUGUGUGCACGGCAGAGUCCUGCUGGGUGCCUGGCUGCAGCCCCCUGGCAUCACUCAGCUGUGUCUCGUCCGAGCUCCUUAUGGUGUCUUGGCGACUGUUGAGGGUGAACCCCAACACCUCUUCUGCCCCUUUCUGAUUGUCACACGCACACCUCCCUCAGCCCGGGAGCGUGCAGAUCUGUGUCCGUCAGAGUGCGGGGUGAGGCUCCAUCUGGUCGUAUGGCGAUGAAAUGGUGAGGAGGGGAGGGCCUGUGGCUGGUCACCUGCGGCCUGGAGUAAGCUCUGCUCCUGCCCCAGGCCUUGGCUCCCUCCCUGGGCUCGCUUCUGGUUUCCGGGCCCAGACGGGGCCUGAUGGUUUAAAUGGAAGCGAGCUUGGACAGCAGGGCUCCCUCGAUGCACUGCCUUGGUGUGAGCACUGCUUGCUGUGUGGCUGGGCCUGUGCUCUGCCCCCUGCCCCCCAAGCAGGCUCAGCUGGCCAGGUGACUGCAGUGCUGGUUGGUGGGGUCAUGACAUUGAUGUCCCGGUCGCACAUGGUCCGUGGGGAGUACUUGGAGCUGUUUCCAGUGCACCGAGGCAGAGAGCUCUUCUGGUUUGUCACUUUAGCUGGCUGCGUGUCUUUCUGCAGUGCUGCCUGACACCUCAACCUCUCCUGCUGUGGGUACAGGGUUGCCUUCGGAGUGUCCCUCAUGGCUAGCGUGAGGCUUUUCCUGCCAGCCCCAGCAGAGGCCUCCACAAGCCAAGACCAACUCUCCUUGGUAGUCAGCAGCUCAGACAGUAGAAGUGGAUCCACUUUGGGGAAGGCUGGGGAAACAACUGGAUUUUAACAAGAAGUAAGAAAGUUAGCGGUUCUCUCUUAGUGAUUUGGGGCUCCCAUUCUCAUCCCGACUCUCCCGUAGAAAGCCGCUGGCAGUUUGUGGGGCUGUGGGAAAUUCUGCCUCCCCGUCCCCAGCUUGUCCCAGCAGCCCUGAGGCAGAUGUGUUGCGGGCCGGACUUUGUUCCUGGCUGGAUGUUUACAUUUGUAAGAACACUGUGAAUGUGAAAUUUGGAGCCAUUCCCCUCGGAAUUCCUGUCUCCGGACUCAGCGUAGAGAUGAAUUGGCCUUCUCUUGUUCACUGUGUGAUCUAAAACAGUCAGUUCUUAGCACAGCGCUGGUGCCAACCCAAAAGACCUGUGUGUUCCAGAGCACAUUUGCAAGUAGAGAUCUGUUCAUGUGUGUGCGUGAGUGCACACCCACGCUUGCAUUUACACACACACACACACGCGCGCGCGCGCGCCUCAAGUCAGACAAACGCCCUCCGAGAACAGCUGGACUGGAGCGGCUGAGAGUGGAACUAGGUGGGUCCCUGAGCAGGUCCCUGCACAGAAGAGUCCCGUGGAGAACGUGGCCCACUCAACCAACCCCGCACGAGGGAUUGAGACUAUCCAAUUCCUCCAGAGCCAUGAAUCCCAAAUUGUAUCGGAAAUGUCAUUUUGAUUGUCAAGUUUUAUGGGGGAGGCGGGGUAGUGCUUUUGUUUUCCUGCUGGUACUAUCAGGAAAGAUUUUAAUGAAACCAGGGUAGAAUUAUUUGGCAGUGCACUUAAGCAUGUCUUCUCCAAACUGUGCCUCCCUUCCAUUGCUGGCCCUGCUGACACAUGGAGGUGACUUUCCAGCUGCAAGUGCCCUUUAUCAUGCUCUCGUUUUUUAACCUGCACGCGGACCCCUCAGGAGGAAGAGUGGAGCGGAAGCGCCCCCAGACCCCCAGAAUGUGCCCACCGGGGAACUCCUCCCGUGGAGUCACAGUGUCUUGGCCUGGAGCUCACCAUGUGGGGACUCACACAGCAAUAACUGCCUGCUUUCAGCUGCCCGGCAUUGCGGGGCCUGCGUGGGUUGGCUCUGUGUGCUUGUGAGGUACAGUUAGUUGCUCUUGCUACCUGCGAGCAUCCUUCCCUGUCAGCCUCCUCACACAGGCCUGCCCCUCCCUCUCCUGCGCUGGGUGAACUUGGUGUCCCCUGGCAGUGAUGCAUGGGAGCAGGAAGCCCGGAGAGCUUGAGGUGGCCCAGGAGGAAAGAUUGCCCUUGUCUGGCCUGGAGUGUAUGUGGGGGAGGAGGGACUUGGAGAACCUUGUGAUCCCAGGAGGUACCUAAAGGUUCGGGGCCUCUUCCCUGUGUGCCUGUCGUGUUUCAAUGCUGUUGCAGAAACCUCGCCCCAAGUGUUUCAGGGAGCAGAUCUUCCACUACACGCGGUGGGUGGGUCGUAGGCAGCUGGAGCCUGACUGCAGGGUGCAGCUCUGACCCAGAGGCCUCCGUCUAGGCUGAGCAAGCAGGCUACAGGCGGCGGCUGUGAUGGGAGCAUCCCGGAGCGCUGCCCAGCCCUGGCUGUCCCCUUCCAAGAGGAAGGACUGGCAUUAGAUGUAUAUUUAAAUUUUUUAACUGCUGCAAAUGUUGUAUAUUCAAAUUAAAGGAAUAAUCAAACCACA